AUGGAGGGCCAAGCCGUUCCUCAGAAUAUUGUGAGCCUACCUAUUGAGAUCAUCCUCAUGAUCAUUAAUAACUUGCCAAGCCACACGAGCAUUCUUUCACUGGCGCGGACCUGCAAAUUUCUGUCCGGGCUCUCUGUUAGAAUGCUUUAUCAGUUGAACAUCCGAUACGAAAACAGUUCAGUCUUCCAUUGGGCUGUAGAAACCGGGAGGAUCGAUUUAGUCGAGAAUAUGCUGUGCGGCUACUCGCCAAACGUCAACACUGUUGACAUGCUGAAUCCGGGAAAAGCGAGAUCAGAAACACUCACUUCCAACGCGGACAAGCUAACCCCGAUCAUGACGGCAGUUAGACGAAACUAUCAGUCGAUAUUUCUUCUGCUUCUCGAAAGAGGUGAUGUGGAUUUCACUUAUCAGGACAACCUCGGCCGCAAUGUACUACGGCACGCUGCCUCUACUGGCAACGUGUUCUGUGUGCAAAAACUCUUGGCUCGAAAUACUAUCGAUAUCAACACUCAAGACAAACUGGGAAGAACGGCAUUAGCUAUUGCCGUAAAACGUGAUACGAAGCGGCAUCGAGACGUGGUUCGUAUGCUCCUCGAGGUAGAUGAAAUCGACAUCAAUCGUGCGGACAAGAACGGCAGCACACCGCUUCAUAUUUCAGUCAGAUCACACAACCCGAUAAUUCAAUUACUACUGUCUCACCCGAUGGUUAAAGUCAACCAGAUUGAGAAUAAUGGCUCUACGCCACUCAUGAUAGCUACACAUCGGCCGGAUGACACUCUCACUUUUAACACCUUGCUACAUCAUACUGAUGUCAACAUGGACCAGCAAGAUCACAGGGGUCGAACCGCCCUUGUACAUGCAAUCUAUCGGGAUAACCGACAGGCAGUUCGGGCACUUCUGCGGAAGGGAUGUAGGGAUAUCCCGGAUUUCCGUGGCAUGACGCCUUUAAGCUGGGCGGUUUGGAAGCAAAGGAAACCAAUAGUUGAGGAUUUGUUGGCGGACCGCAGUGCCAGGGGCAUCGCUUUCUCAGACGCGGACAAUCCAUCAUCGCGGCUCGCUGUCCAACAUGGCAAUGUGGAAAUCAUGAAACUGCUGAUCAGAUAUAGCAUCGAUGUUAAUUAA